UAAGGGGGUGGGAAAAGAAGAGGGGGAAAUGAAGGCUUAAGAUUGACUAGCGAGGGAAAAAGCACAUCAUAAAGGUCAAACGUAAGGCUGUGGAGAAAUCGUGAGAGGAAAACAGCAGGAAGCUGCACUUCCUGCAACACUGGCCACGAAUCUUAAGGGGACGCUGCGCAGCUCAGCUGCAGUGGACUCUCCUCAGGAGCACUGAAUGGAAACCAAUCAGAUAGAGAGCCCCCUCGGCUCGGGCUGCCUGCAUGCGGGAGUUAAAAAGUGCUGCCGGCCGAGCGGCAGCCCCAGUGAGCGGCGGGGAGGCUGAGCGCGGGCAGCAGGGGCCGGGAGCCGCCGCCACCCAUCCCAGCUCGGCCCUGCGAGCCGAGAUCCUUUGAGACUGCAAAGACUACUUAAAGAACGAAGACGGCAUGAGAUUGGAUUCAAUGCAGUAAAAUAGGUUAGCUUGAGAACAAGAAAAAAAAGUUGCUAUUUAGAUCUUCUCUUGUUGCCGUGAUGAGAACUUACCAUUGCUUCUGGCUGCUGUUUUGGGCUGGCCAGCCCCACCAAAGUUUCUUAACUUUGUUGUCCAAAAGGACUAGUGGCUUUCCAGAGAAGGAAAAGGUUUUGGUAUUGUCUGGAAACAGCAGGAGAGACCUCAGUCGUUCCAAAAGGAGUUGGAUGUGGAAUCAGUUCUUUUUAUUAGAGGAAUAUACAGGAACUGACUAUCAGUAUGUUGGCAAGCUACAUUCAGACCAGGAUAAAGGAGAUGGAUCACUUAAGUACAUACUUUCUGGAGAUGGAGCAGGAGACCUCUUCAUUAUCAAUGAAAACACUGGUGACAUCCAAGCCACAAAGAGACUAGACAGAGAAGAAAAGCCUGUAUACAUACUUCGUGCCCAGGCUAUAAACAGAAGAACUGGAAGACCAGUGGAACCAGAAUCUGAGUUCAUCAUCAAGAUCCAUGAUAUCAAUGACAAUGAGCCAAUGUUUACAAAGGAUGUUUACAAUGCCAGCAUUCCAGAAAUGUCAGAUGUUGGUACCUUUGUCGUGCAAGUCACUGCAACUGAUGCCGAUGAUCCUACAUACGGGAACAGCGCUAAAGUUGUCUACAGCAUUCUCCAGGGACAACCAUAUUUCUCCGUAGAAUCUGAGACAGGCAUUAUUAAAACUGCUUUGCUAAACAUGGAUCGUGAAAACAGGGAGCAAUAUCAAGUGGUCAUCCAGGCUAAGGACAUGGGAGGCCAGAUGGGCGGAUUGUCAGGAACCACCACUGUGAAUAUCACACUGACCGACGUAAAUGACAAUCCUCCUCGGUUCCCCCAGAGCACCUACCAAUUCAGAGCUCCUGAGUCUACACCACCUGACUCACCAAUUGGCAGGAUUAAAGCUAAUGAUGCAGAUGUGGAUGAAAAUGCAGAGAUUGAAUACAGCAUCACUGAGGGGGAUGGAUAUGACAUGUUUGGAAUUACCACAGACAAGGACACACAGGAAGGAAUUAUAACUGUCAAAAAGGCACUGGAUUUUGAAAAUAAAAACUUGUAUAUUCUGAAGGUGGAAGCCACCAAUACUCAUGUGGACCCUCGAUUCCUCUAUCUGGGGCCAUUCAAAGAUUCAGCCACAAUCAGAAUUCAAGUGGAGGAUGUAGAUGAACCCCCCGUGUUCAGCAGACCAGCGUAUAUAAUUGAAGUGAAAGAAGAUGUUCCAAUAAACAGUGUAAUAGGAACAGUAACAGCUCAGGAUCCAGAUGCUGCCAAGAACCCUGUCAAGUAUUCUGUAGAUCGACACACUGAUAUGGACAGAGUAUUCAACAUCAACUCAGGAAAUGGUUCGAUAUUUACUUCAAAAACUCUUGACCGGGAAACAUUGCUGUGGCACAACAUUACAGUAAUAGCAGCGGAGAUCAACAACCCAAAACAAAGCAGCCGUGUCCCAGUGUUCAUUAAGGUUUUGGAUGUAAAUGACAACGCUCCAGAGUUUGCCAUGUUUUAUGAGACCUUUGUCUGUGAAAAUGCAAAGGCAGAACAGCUGAUACAAACAUUGAGUGCUGUCGAUAAAGAUGACUCUUACAGUGGACACCAGUUUUCAUUCUCCAUAGCUCCAGAGGCAGCCAGCAGCUCAAACUUUACCCUCCAGGACAACAGAGACAACACAGCAGGGAUUUUCACCCGAAAAACCAGAUAUAACCGGCAUGAAAUGAGUACCUACCUUUUGCCAGUGGUAAUAUCAGACAAUGACUACCCUAUCCAGAGCAGCACUGAAACAGUGACUAUUCGGGUAUGUGCUUGCGACCAUCGAGGAAAGAUGCUGUCCUGCAAUGCAGAAGCCUUGAUUCAUCCUACUGGUCUUAGCACCGGGGCUCUUAUUGCCAUUCUUCUCUGUAUCAUUAUAUUACUUGUUACAGUGGUGUUGUUUGCAGCACUGAGACGGCAAAGGAAAAAAGAGCCUUUGAUUAUUUCCAAAGAAGACAUCAGAGACAACAUUGUCAGUUAUAAUGAUGAAGGUGGUGGAGAGGAAGACACCCAGGCAUUUGAUAUUGGCACGCUGAGGAAUCCCGAAGCCAUAGAUGAUAAUAAAUUACGCAGAGACAUUGUGCCAGAAACGCUUUUCAUGCCACGGCGGACUGCAACAGCCCGAGAUAACACGGAUGUCAGAGAUUUCAUUAACCAAAGGUUAAAGGAGAAUGAUACAGACCCAGCAGCCCCCCCGUAUGACUCGUUAGCGACCUACGCAUACGAAGGUAAUGGUUCUGUGGCAGAGUCCCUCAGCUCCUUGGAGUCGGUGACUACAGAUGGAGACCAGGACUAUGAUUACCUCAGUGACUGGGGGCCGCGGUUUAAAAAGUUGGCAGAUAUGUAUGGCUCAAUGGACAGUGACAAAGACUCUUAAUAUGUUGCCUUUUUUUUCCCUCCCUCAUUUUCAGAAACAGCAUUGAGAUACGUGAAGUAGCUAUUUCUUUCUAUUUCUCCACAGCUCUGUGAAAGGGUUCUCUGUUCAAAUGGUUCCAGUUGUCUAAUGACUGCAGUCUGUGUGGAUCAGCUGUCAGAAAACUUUUUCUAGUAUCAUUUUAUGAGCUUCCAAGAGGCAAAGUUCUUAUUUUUUAGGGCAUCCAAGUUUAUCAAGCCAACCUUACAGGCACAGCAGUGGUGGAGGGGAAAAAAAAAGAUCAGAUGGGGAGCAAUAUUUUUACUUGUUCUGCUUAUAUUGUAAAUUGGAGUAUAUUACUGUUUAAGCUCACUUGCUCUUUUUACUUGUAUUCAGAUUAUUCAGCUCAGACGACUGCUCUGUUGAUUGUGUAUUGCACAUCCCAAUGUAAUGAGGUACCCUAGUUUAACCUAUGUAUUAUAGUCAAAAGUAGUGGUGAUGGAAUGAAGGUUUAUUAUACAAAGUAGAGUCAGCUGAGAAAAAACAUCCAGCGCAUUUUACUCAUGAGGAGGUUAGAGAGGCCUAAUGGUCAUUUAAAUCUAGGUGUUUUUUUUUCAGAACUUGCCAUUGCCCCCAGUGCACUGAAUCGUAUUAACACACAUAUAUAUAGUUCAUUGACUGCUAUGUAUAUAUUCUUCUGACCUAGCAUUGCUGGAGAGAUGUGAGUGCAUGCAUGUGUGUGCGGUCAGUAGCCCCAGUAUCUUGUUCUUAGAUGGCUUCUAGGAACCUAGACUCUGUAUUAGACCAUGACUCAGAGGAAGUAACAGAAUGUAACUGUGCUUUUCUUUGUUUUGUGAUGGCUUCCACUUGCACUGUGAAGGCCACUGUGCUGGGGAGGCAGGGGUCAGGCUUUUCUACUUCUGCCUGUUCCCAAGUGUAGGAGGGCUGUUGUAGCCCCACGGUGACCACCAUCCACUGAGUCAAAAGAAGUAACUGCAAAGGAGGAAGGAGAGCUUUUACAUCCUGAACUCCCCUGGCUGCAGCCCAGGGUGGCUUCUCACUGACUCUCUGCCCAGUUUUGCUAUCUGUAAAGUAGGGAAAUAAUGCCUACCUCAUCAGGAUGUUGCAAGAAUUAGAUAAGUCAUUUGGAAAAUGCUUUACAGAUGGAAAAUGCUGGCAUUCUGCCAGAGGAAGUAAUUUCUUAUGCUUUUUUUGCAUUUUUUUCUUCCCCCUUCAGAUUCAAGCCCUGAAUGCACAAAUAAGCAAAAAUCAAUUGUCAUUCUAGUGGACUGAAAAGCAGGGUAUAUAACUUUGGUGUUUUUUUUUUUUUUUUCUUUUAAUAAACUACUCAGCCAGCGUUGUUAAAGACUUCACCGGAAGGUGACAUUUUAAUCACAAGUCUCUCAGUGGGUGUGCUUAUCUGCUUUGCCAAGCUAAGUAAUUUUUGUCCACUGGGAGCGGGGGGAGAUGUCAUAGUCUCAAGCCAGAACAAUUUCCUCUACAGCUUGUGUACCAUUCGCUCUUUCUGUUGGUUUGUCAAACCUGUACACCUGUACUGUGGCUGUUCUUUAAAUCCAGUCAUCUAGAAGAGACUAGAUGGAAAAAACCCAAAGGGGUAGCCAUCAGACAUAUCCAACUCCAGGAGCUGAAAGCCCCCCUAGGUCCCAAAACAGGGACAUGGCCUAAAGCAGAGUGCUGAGGGAAGAAGGAUUUUUUUUAAAAUAUACUUCAUAAAUAACUGAUCUCUUGUAUUUAAUUUUGAAACAGUAUUUAAUAUUAGCAUUACAGGCAUGGAUCUAUUUCCUUCCUCCUCCCCCCUCAAAUCUUUAGUGAAUCAAUUUGAAAACUUAAACAGCUCCAAUUUACUCUAAAAAUAAAGAGACAAGGGAAAAAAGUUAAUAAACAGAAAAUUAAAAGGGAUUAAAAAUUAAUCCCUGGAAUUCAUUGCUUUCAGAGAAAUAAAGAGAGUGGUAAGAUUCCAGAGUUUUAGACACAUAGAAGCACGAUGACAGAAAUUCUGGUUUUGUGGGCCCACUCGCAGCUCAGAGAUGGAGCGAGUUGCUCUGCGGCACCCAGCAGUGUUAAGAAGGACACUUCUGCAGUGGGAAGCACUACAUGUCUGCAGGUUUAGGGAAAGGCAACUGGUGGGUUUGUAGGUGCCCAGCAUUGUAGCUCAGAUGGGUUUUCAGAGCAGAGGAGUACAAGAUUUCAGAGGGAGCUGAGCCCCCAGCCUGUUGUGGGUUAGGUGCCAACUCCAGCACAAGGUGGGGCUGAGCCUGGUGUGCCCACACGAUGGCAGUGACACAGCUAGGUCUUUUUCAUGUUCUCCUCAGUUCUCCUCCACGAUUUGAGAUUAUAAAAGCCUCUGAAAGCCUGUCCCUUCGUGGUCUCCUAGAAAUCAGAGCAUCCAGUAGGCAACCUGCCCAAAACCUGGUUCUAGCACAAGAGGCGCUCAGCAGCACCUGCCACAGGCUCCUUGGCGUGAGCCACUCUCCUCAUGCAGUUGCUGCAGAUGCUGUAUCAUUCAGGGGACCCUCUUGCCACAGCCUGCUCCUUGCCCAUGUCUGCAUGGGGCUGCCAUGGGGCUGCCUGCAGCAAAUCACAAGCUCAGAGUAGAGCUGGAUGCUAAGAGCCAGCCAGUGAAUCCUAACUCUCCUCAGACUAUUGGGGACAGCAAAGAUGGCUGCCAAGCCUUGCAGGCCUGUGGGUUCCCAGGCGUUUGGCCCCACUAACCACCCUCUGCUCACUGGGGAGAGGGGGCUGCUGUCACAUGGCUGAAGGCAGCCCAAGAAAUAAGCAGCCUGUCUGCAGGUGGGAUGGGAGAGGCCUGUGUCAGUUCUUGAGGGGGACUAACACAGGAGGAGGACCGCUCACCUCCUUGUAGCUACUGCGCUAUGUCAUGACAGUGUCUGAUGUGGAGAUUGAAAGUGACAGUUCAACCUCAGAUUUUGGGUUUUUUCCCCUCUCCUCUUUUUUUUUUUCCAUUUUCCUGUUGAAAGCUGGCUCUAUCUUGUCCAUUGAGUGACCCAGUAUAUGACAGAGAGGCUGCUCAUGCCUGUUGUGUAAAUGUAUAAUAUAUAAAAUUAUGUAAUGUCACCACAGAUAUGCUGUCUCAAUCGCAAAUGGAAAACUCAAGGCAAACUCCUCAUAUCCAAAUUCUUUAUGAUGCAUCUAGGUUUUAAGGUCUAUUUUUUUUCCUGUAAAUUAGACAGACUUAGCAUCUCUCUCACAACAAGAAUUCAAUUCUGUCUUUUCCUCUUGCUUGGCAGUACCACAAAGUGCAAUUUAUAAAAUCAGUACUGCAUAUUAAAUAUUGAAAGUGCCAUAUUGCAGUGAAUAUAAAACUUUGCAGUAGUGUUUCUUGGCACCUUGUUGCAUGCCGGUGUGCUAGAUGAUAGAAAUUAGUAUUUAACAGUACUUUCACACAAUGCUAGAAUUGUCAUUUAUAGAUAAGCAACUGUUAGAUUAGGGGCUAUGAAGUGAGUUUCAAGGCUGUUUUAAGCCUGCUGUUCUUAGAACCACACCCAUCUGAAGAGAAUAAACAUUAUAAGCAAAUUUAGCUAAGCCAGGCAGAGAUGAGCAACGAAGUUGGCUUUUCAUUUGGAAAAGUGUCUGUUCUAACAACGGGAGCUAUUAAAAGCUACCAAGGAACACAGUGGAGUUAACAUGAAAUAGAGACCUGCUUACAUGGGGGAUGUUUCCAGCCCUGCUGUUGCAGAACAAUAACAUCUCUACACUUGAAAUGGAAUAAGGUUUCUAGUAUAGCUAUUCCACCCCAACUCCCAAAGCAGCUACUGUAUUCUGCAAAAUGGAUUUUUACUUGGAAUAAUGAUUGUUUCAGGUUAAGAAUCACUCUGUCCCACAGCAGCAACAGUAUGGGGAGAUGCAGCAAACCAGAUGCACUCACACAUGCUGCCAACGCAGUUGUGCCAGGACAUCUCCCUUAGUAGACCAGCCUAUGGAGGAGAGCCAAGAUGGAAACUUGCAGUGAGCUCUGAACAAGGGAAUUUGGGGGUUUCCUGAGGGCUCAGCUGGCAGUAUCACAGGACUGAAAUGUGUUCUCAGACCUGACGUGGAUGGAUACACUAUCUAAUCAUGAGAAGAAAAAAAAAGUUAUGCGUUCCAGACACUGCUUGUAAAAGACAUCUAGGAAAGAUCCCAAGCAGAAAAGAAACACUCCACAUGUACCAACACCAUUAUAUUCUAUAUUUGGCCUAAAAAACAUAUAUAUUUUUUCUGAUAAUUCUUUAUUUUGUUAGCUGCCAGGCUUCAUUCUAUGGAAUUCUAUUCCAGGUUCAUUCUAUGGGAAGGCAUUUCAUAGUUGUUAAAUGUGAAUGGGAGAGGCAACCUGCAAACAAUCCAGUUUUGGAAGCAGUAGGCUGCAUUACAAGGCAUAAUAUUCCAUUUCUCUGACAAAAAUAAACUAACAAAAGCAUUAACUGGAUAUUUCAAAUCCUACAAAAAUGCAACAGAAACAAAGAAGUAAAGCAGGGAGAAAUGGCUUUGGAAAUGUGUGCACAUGUACAGUAUGAAUAAAGAAGGAGAGAAACAAAAAUUGGAAGCUAGGUAUGUUUCAAAGUCUGCCUUACCCACGUUGAGCAGAGACAACAGUACACAGUAACUUUGACGCUUCCAGAUUGCCUACAGAAGCCAGAGGGGAAUUUGCGUGGAUAGCAAGACCGACAUCAUCUUUCUCAGACAAAGCAAAUUAAAUCAAGGCCAUUUCCAUGCAAAUUUCUAGAGAAGACAGACCCUUUCUCAUGAUUAUUACUAAAACAUGCUAAAUUUCUGCAUCAGAUCUAACUUGACGGUCUUCUGCACUAUUUUCAGUGGGUUAUGGACAGUGAUUCCGAGCAGGUAACUUCUGUGGACACUGUCAGCUCUUCCUGCCACUAUCUAUUUUAAAUCUCUCCACAUUUCAUUUGGCUCUAAGUAGUACCAAUCUGUUUCACAUGAUCACUAUCCCAACUGGAUGUUGCUGUCCUCUGCUCCUUUGUUUUUCAAUUAACACUGCAGUCUGAGCUCCUCUGUCUAAUAAGAACGGACAAAUUGACAAUCAUUACCCUAUUUCUGAUGAGUAUGAACUAUUUUGUAAGUUGUGAAAGGCAGGGUAUCUUUCUAACCCUCUAGACCUGUGAAACAGCAACCUCCCCCAGUAAAUGUCAGAGCCACAACUGAAGAACUGAGGACUGUGCAGGCAACAGAGCACUGGCACAGGUUGCCCAGAGAUGAUGCAGAAUCUCCUCCUUGGAGAUCUUCAAAAGCCACCUGGACAGGGUCCUGAGCACCCAGCUCUGUGUGACUCUGCUGGGGGGUUGGACCAGAUGGAGCCAGAGGUCUCUGCCAACUUCAACCAUUCAGUAAUUCUGUGAUUUUUUUUUUAAAUUUAUUUUCAGUUUAGCCUUCUGCAAGACUUGUUUCCUUAGAGUUUGUUUCUCUAUGUAAGAGAGAUGAAGAACAAAAACAUAUUUAAUGCCUACAGCCUUGUGCAUUGCUCCAGGAGGGGAAAAACACAGCAGCCAACUCCACGCUUUAAUGCCAGUCUUUCCCCUCAGCAGUUUUAUUUAGGCACAGCUGAGACAAUCUUGAUCCGGCCCAUCAUUUUGCAAUAUUAUACUUUUCAGCCCAGACCUGCACUCAUCAUGCACGAAACACUGCCCUGAACAGUUCAUAAAUUCAGCAGGAGGUAUCCAAAAGCCUUGUCUGGGGUUACAAGGAGUUCAAGAGUCAGAGAGCCGGGAGUUUCAGGCAGAAGAACAGAAAAUGAAUUGCACAGGGUGGGAACUGGGGGGAGACAAUCACUCACAUGCAAGGCAGGCCCACGGCACUUAAAAAGUCACAAAGCUGUCAUAUUAUACAUAGAGUUGCUAGAUUUCAAAGGAGCUUUUACAGAAGUUGCUCUUAUUUUUUUCUGCAUGUCUUCUUUCUUUAAAAAAAGAAGAGGAAAAAAAAGGAGCUGCAAACUUCACAUUUCUCCUUUCACAAAGUUAAUGUGACCAAGAAGGCAUAAGUCUCACACACAGAUUAAUCCUUUCCACUCCCAUGGGCUUUUGACCUUUCCUAUGAGACUGCACUAUUUAUGUAAAUAUACCUGGAGACACUUUCUAUAAGCUUUUAGUUUUCUACAAUCUAUUACCUUAGUGUUUAUUAAAGGAACAAAUGUAUAGUAUUAUUAAGCAUUCAGGUGAACAGAACAAAGAAACAACAGUGCAAACAUAAAAUUGUUCUGGAUUUUGACAUAUAAAAGCUCUUCAGAAUCACUGUACUGUUUCAAUUCUGUGAUUACUUUCAUUGCUUUGAAAAUUAAACUUAAAAAAAAAAGAAAAAAGGCCUUACAAUAAAUGCUAUGUGCAUCUUAACUGUGUUACUGAGCUAAAUCAAUCUGGCAAACUCCUAUUGCGAUUUGUGAUUUUUAAACCCUUAAAAUAAAUGCUUUUCGGUAUUGAUUUUUUUUAAUUAAAAAUACAUCCAAGAAUAAAUUGAAACCAGUGCCACGACCUGGGAAGAUUUACUUGCUGGUAUGCUCCAGCUACACAGCCUCUCGUGAUGUGUCCCCUCGUGUAGGGGGAGCCUCAGCAUCGGAUGGAUCUGGUCAUUGUUCAGCAAGAAGGAACAUUUGCGGGCGAUAAUAUUUUUGGCACCCAAGAAAUUUACACCUAGAAGCUUCCCUGUAUUACAGAGGGACCCAUGCUGGAACGAUCACCUCUUCUGCAGCGUGAAUGGGCAAUUUGUUAUGGUCAGAUGGCAAGUGUGCACUCUCUCCCUUAUAUUUCUUGUUCACUGUACUGGCUUCUUUUCGGGGGGUGGAGGGCAGGGGGAUUAAGGAUUUAAUGAGAAACCAAUUUGAACAACAAUUUCUCACAAACAGAGUGAAUUUGCCUUUUUGCAAAUUGAUUUUUGUAACAAGUUAUUUAUAUGAUGCUACUUAAUAAAUUGUUUUUUUUUUCUAACUUGGUUUUUUUUUCCCCCCUAAUUCUCUCGAUCCAUGGUUUACAUUUUCACAACUAUCAUAAAGGUAAACCUUCAGAAAGAUUCUGCAGUGGCUUUAGAGCACAGAGGUAAAUUGGCUCAGUCUAUCAAACAUCAUUUUUAAGUGUCUGGCUUGCAACAUGCUGUAAAAGCAGUAGGAUCACUGCCCAUGGUUAGUGAGGCAUCCCAAAAGAGUGAUAUAAUUUCAGAAAAUAUCGUUUAGAGAUGCUUACUAUCAGGAGGAUAUUAAUUCAUGAACACAAGCCAGAUUUUGACUAGCCCAGGCUUCCCUGGAAGCCAGAGGGAGCUUUACCUGAGUAAAGCAUGUAGAAUACCUUUCCUGAGGGAUACAAAGAUCAUAGAAUGUAAAAUGGCACCGAUAUUUUUCUUUCAUUCUAUGAGGUCCAAAAAAAAUAAUAAAAAAGACUAAGUCUUUGUUCAUUUAAUGAGAGGACAAAUGUCAUUUGUGAUGUCUUUUUACAUAAGUAGAAAAACCUCCAGAUAAAAUUAUUCAUUUAACAUUUCCUAAAGAAAAUAUCUGCCUACAUCUCUAGAAAUUUGAUCAUGCUCAAAAUUCUUCCUAAAGGAAGAACAAAGAAAAGAGGGGGGGAAGUCACAGCAAAACAGUACUUCACCAUAAGCAUUAAAACUAGCCAAGAAGAACAACCAGUUUAAUAGUGAGACCCGCCUGUACCUUAUGAAUGAACUGAGGAAUUUCUGUAACCAAUUAAAGUAACCAGCUUAAACAUCCACCUGCAAUCUUUGGUGGACUUCAGGAAGAAAACUUCCAUACAAUUAGCCCUAAACAUCUUUUUGAACAUUCAACAAUAGUUCAUAAAGCUAUAAAUACACAGGUCUACCUAGUAACUAAAAGCAUUUGCUUAUUUUUAUUUCAUUAUCUGAACACCAAACCACAGAGAGAAAGCCCUACAGGUGGAGGACGCCUCUUUUUCCCCCAUCCCCUGUGGUAAGGUCACACACUCACAGGAGCCAGUAUGGAGGGGCUCCAGAUGCCCUGCAUCAUGGCUCUGUUACUUUUUGUGUUUAGAGCAGCCCUACAAGUUUUCAAAAAACUCCUGCUUGAGUUCUUUUAAACUAAGGCAUUAGCAGCAGCAGGGGAAGGAAUCCUGGCUCACAGAAUCAUAGA